AUGCCACAUACAGGUCAGACGGGUGUAAACCAGCUGGGUGGAGUGUUCGUCAACGGGCGCCCCCUGCCGGACCACGUGAGACGCCGCAUUGUGGAGCUCGCGCACAUGGGCGUCCGUCCGUGCGACAUCUCGCGGAGGCUGCUCGUGUCACAUGGCUGCGUGAGCAAGAUCCUCACUCGCUAUUACGAGACUGGCUCCAUCAAGCCUGGCUCCAUCGGGGGAAAUAAGCCGAAACAAGUCGCAACCCCACACGUUGUUCGCAAGAUACUGCAACUGAAAAAGGACAACCCGUCCAUAUUCGCAUGGGAGAUACGUGACUAUCUACUCUCCCAGAGAAUAUGCGAUGACCAGUCCAUCCCUAGCAUCAGCUCCAUAAACCGGAUAUUACGCAAUGCCGGCGCGUUUAACAGCGACGGCGUCCUUACGGAGAUGUCCCCGAUGCUUUAUGCACCGUACAGCGCGCCGGCCCUGCAAGCCCUGUACCAACGGCAUCAUCAGUCCGCGUUAUAUCCCCUCAGUAUACCGGGUCUGUCGUAUCCGCGGCUAGUGCAGCCGCUGAUACCUCUGGAGCCGGGGGAACUUCCGGUUGAUUCCUCAGUCGCCGCCGACAGAUCGUCAUCAAACAGCGGCGUCCUGGCCGACGAUGUUGCGACACACAGCUCCCGGAAACGACAUAUUUCCGAUGAUGACGGAAAGAACGCUGCCGGCAAAAGACAGAAAGUUGAAAGACUUGAGAAAGACGGGGAGUGUGGCGACAAGAAAACAGCGGAGAUAACAAAAGUAACGAGUUUGACACGACUGGGGACGCACGAAACACCAGCGGAACCAACAAAGGAACAGCGAGUGAAAACCAUGUACUCUAUAGCAGAACUAGUUAAGGACAAUCACAAAUCACCAACUGCAUUGCCACCAUUGACCUCCGAAAAUGAGACCGCAAAAAGCGCGUUCCACGUCCAUGCUUCAAGGGCGUCGUUACACGAGUUAGAUCUCUGGAAACACCACUUCUUAAUACCUGGAAUGUAUGCGCUGCCAAUGCCGUCUGCCUCAUACGACACUAUGGCCAUGCGCCAGAUGACGUCAGCAUUAGCGUUGCGUUACCAUAGCGACACACGAUUCUGUUCAAGUUGAAAUGUGCGUGCGAUUUCCCAAUCAUUGUUAAUUGUAUUUAAUGAAUGACCAAUCUCCGUGACUCUCCGGGCGUGCUUGUGUUGGUACCUGUAUAACUGAUAUCGAGACGAAGAAUGUUAGUGGUUUUUCGUGUAAGACGUGAGAUCAUUAAGGUAAAUUAGCAUUCAGAGUUUCAAAAUCUAAUGAAAUUAAUGGAACAUGUAAUGCGUUUAUUUUUCCGAUUUCAUUAAGACCGGAAACAUCGGACCUGCGAACGGAACCGUAUCAGCGAUACGUACCUUUUAUUGCCGACUUAUUUUAGAAUCCAGAUUG